AUGAGCGGAAUUACCGACGAGGCAGCCAUUGAGGGCCACGACCUCAUUCAUGACGCUGAGCUCGAAGAAGAGAGAUUACAUGAAAAUGAUAAUGACCACCAAAAGGCGCAGCAAUCGAAGGCGGACCUAGGUGCCGGGGAAAAGAAUUUAGCUGAUGGCACUAAUACUGGUGGCCAUCGUACAUCGGCGUUGGACAAAGUAAGGGAGGCACUGAAUUUGAACAACUGA